CAGAAGAAGAGGUAGUGUCUAGCUCUCUCCGAAGCCUGCUUUGCCAUGUGCCCGGGACUGUAAGGCUGCUGGAAUUCUCUCGCUUGAGGAAUUGUGAUUGGUUUUAACUGUAAGAAGUACACACUGGAAGAGUGUUAUAUUGUUAUAGUGAUACAGAUUUCGAUACUCGGUGAAUGGGUGUUUUGAAGUGAUGGUUUGAAAUUAACUCGUGACACGUUUUUGAUUAUUCUUGAGUGAAGUGAGUUUUGUGUGCCUUUGAUUAAUAGUACUACUACUAUACAGAUAGUCCAAACUGAUUAUUAAAGAUUGUUUUACAACGAUUUACCGGCAUAUUUACGAAGAUUAAACUUGUCGAAAAAGAAAACCAACUCAAAUAUGUAAAUUACCUCUCUUGUGUGCAAGAUUGAAGCUUUUACCGCCCUCCAUCAUGCGGGUGGGAAAUUCGCGGGCUUGGGUGUUGGUGGUGCUGAGUGUGAUUUUGGGUGGUGAUAGUGUAUGGUGCAGGAAGAGUAGAGUGUGGCGAGAUGACGAUGGUGCCUUCAGGGACGUUGUUAUUGCUAUACAUCCAUCGUUCGUGCCGACCAACUGCACGAAGUUCUUUCAGAAUUUAAAGGAGGCCCUGGGGUCAUUUUCAAGUCAGCUGUGGCGUGCUACCCACGGCCACGUCCACAUGGGGGAUGUUGGUGUUGUCGUUCCGACGGGGCUGUCUCAGGCGUGUUCUCUCAGCCCGGCCAGGAAAGCCACCUGGGAGAAGUGGACGACUGCCGACUUCUUGGUGACGCAUGGAGGGUCAACUCCCGAGUGGGCAUGGGGCCCAGAGGGCAGCAUAGGCGUGAGCGUGUCCCAACCUGAAGGAUGUGGGCGUCCUGGCCAGUAUAUUUCCCUGGAUCCUGAUGUCCUUGUGGACUUGGAUUCGAAGGAGAUGGAAACCUUAGGUCGAUCUCUACUCGGAUCUUGGGCGAGGUACCGAUGGGGAGUGUUCGAGGAAAGGGGUUAUACUGCACAUCCAAAAUACCCAGCAAUCCACACCAUCGACGACGCCCCUGUGCCGACGACCUGCACCACGGCGCCCACAAAGGGCCACUGGGAGCCAAAGAAAGGGUCAAGUGAAUGCAAUGCAACAGAAGAACUGAAGGACUGUCACUGGAUACCAGACAAGUUGUCACACGUUAAUACAUCUAUAAUGUAUAGAGUUAACCUUCCUGAGAUGUGGGGGUUUUGCGACUCAAGCAAUCACGACCCAGAUGCUCCCACUCCUCACAAUCUUCUGUGUGGGGCUGACAGCAUUUGGGACGUCAUGAAUAGACACAGUGACUUUUCAACCAAAGUUAAUCAUAGGAAAGAAAAAGCCCACACAACCGUCUUUGAAACUGUAAAUAUCACAAAAGUACAACCCACCAAUACCAGUUACAUUAACAGAAGUGAUGAAGAUACAAAUGCCACGAGUGUCGAGUAUAUUGAUAUGGAAAACAACUCGUCAUCAACUGUUGUCAACGAAACUGUGGUUUUGGAGAUAGUAAAUGCAACAGACACUUUGUUCCUUGAGGAUGUGAGGACUCAUCUUUCUCUAAAUGAGUCAUUCAUCUCUGAAACAAACAGUUCAUCUUCAGCAGAGGAUGAACACUUCGCUCCAGUGAUUCAGAAGCAGAGAAGAAAAAGAAGCAACACAAAGAUGAUGGAUAGAUCUUCCGCUCCUCUUCGACCCAGUUUAGUCACUGCCCAUAUUGCCACUUCUGCGUCCCCUCCUUUAAGUCAUAAUUUCAAACAAGAAAUUGUUAAUUCAGAAACUAUUGAGGAGUUGCUGUCCUAUCCUGUGUUUGAAGGAAGAUUUGGAGAUGGGCCACAUGAUCUGUAUUUUACAAGGAACCACACACCGACCGUCCCACCACCGUCACCUCCAGAACUUAUAUUCUUGUCUCCACCAUCAAAGGCUGUUGUGCUUGCACUUGAUCUUUCAGAUCAUGCGGUUAAACAGGUUAAUAUGGAUGACCUUCGAGGAGGAAUUCUGCGAUGGUUGUGGGGACUUGGAAAGGACGUUAAAGUUGGAGUUGUUGCAGCUUACAAUAAUGCCUCAUAUCCAUUAACUCUUGGGCCAAUUUUGCCAGCCCCGACAACAGCUGCAGAACUUGAAGACAAACUUACGCUCCUUCCAUCAGCUGAUGAAGUAGAGGAUGGUGUAUAUGGUGGGAAAUAUUGCCUCGAAUGCGUAUUAACUGAGGCUGCCAAGAUGCUUGAAGGAGGAGGUGUGGAGGCUGGAGCAGGAGUUGUUCUUCUUGCAGCCUGCUCACCAUUAGUACCACCACGAGCUAUCAGUAUUGUUGAAGAAGCCAAUUUAUUUAUUCACACAUUAGCCCUGUGUCCAGACGCUAAUCCUGUGUUUGACCAGCUCGCUCAAUCAGGAGGUUCCUGGGUUUUGCCUGGGUUGUCUGUCAAACCUUCAGAUCCUGAAAAGGAAAAUGAAAAUGAGCACAAAGCUGCAUUAAGCCUUACUGCUGCAACAAAUACAGCCAUGGCAGUACCAGGAAGUCCAACAUUAGUCAGGGUGGUGAGCUCUGUUAUUCAAGUCACUCGGAGGAAAGUUGAAAGUGAAGGUCCUUACAGCACAUUAACAAGUCAGUUAAGCCUUUCAGGAUCAGGUCAGCAGCUCAUAGUUAUAACAACACAGUACCAAGCGAAGGUGAUAAAAGUUGUGGAUCUUUCCGGAAAUGAAGUUGAUGUCAUUCGGGAUACAAAUCAGCGAUUUUGGGCCAUAAUUGAUAAACGUGUGGGAACACUGACAUACACACUCAAGUUCUUGUCUAGUUCCAUUGUGUACCCAUUUUCUGUGGAUGUCUAUGAGAGGAAGAGAAAUAACGCUGGUGUUGAAAUUGAGCUCUAUACAAAUAAUGAUAAGCAUGUUCCCCUAGAGCCUGGCUCACAGCCUUUGGUUGUUUGGGCUAAAGUGAUUCGGGAUGGCCAGCCUGUAGUGGGAGCUAAGGUUAUGCUGACAGUAAGUCACUUGAGUCACGAAGGAUCAACUGAUAUGACACUUCAGCUUCUAGAUAAUGGAAAUGCAGAACCUGAUGUAAGAAACCAUGAUGGCAUUUAUACAAGGUAUGUCACAUGGCUGCCUGGAGAGGGUAGAUACGCUCUUAGUGCAUCAGCCACAGAUAACCAAGGAGCAGCAUCAGUGUUGGCACCAAGGAGACGAGAUGGCCGUGUAGUACCUGUGAGCGCUGGUCAGUUUGAUGUCACAAGUGCUGUCGUCUCGGUUAGUGUGUUGCGGGUAACAUCCGAAGAUUUAACACCUCCAUCACGUAUCACAGACUUGAAAGUCACAUUUGUACAUGACACCACCGUUAAUCUUACUUGGUCAGCACCUGGUGGUGAUCUUGAUCAAGGAUCAGCAUGGCUGUAUGAGCUUAAAAUGUACACUGAGAGGAGUGCGUUAAGUGAAGAAAAGUUCAACACCUCAACUAUUUCUGUUUACUGUAUCACUGAUGAUCUAAGAGCUCCAACAAAGACACCAUCCAUUUAUGGGACACCCCAAUACUGUUUGACUGAACUUCCAUUUACUAAUCUUAGAUGGUAUUUUGCUAUUCGUGCUGUUGAUUCUGCAAACAACACUGCAAAAAUUUCUAAUGUGGUCACAGCAUUUGUUCCGGAUCCACCAACGAAUCCACCCCCUACAUCAACUGUGAGUGAGCCACCUUCAAAUAUACAAACAGUCAUGAUGUCAACUAUAACCUCAGCAAAUCCAAGGAAUGCCCAGAAAGUUGGAAAUGAAACAGAGGCUGACCAGUCAAAGAGUGCAGGUUAUGACUGGAGAGUUUGGGUAGCAGUGGGAGUUGGCAUUGGUGGAAUCAUAUUAGCUGCAAUAGUUGUUGUAAUAUGCAUUUGCUGCUGUAAGAGAAGUCAGCAGAAUGAUGAGAAAGACCCUGAUCGACCAAUAUACAAGAUUUAUGUCAAUAAUGCAUAUAUACAAGAAGAGGAUGGUGAAAUCAAAGUAGUCAGCAAUGGAAAGCUAAUGGAUGAUAAGGAACCAAGCCAGGUACAGGAGUGGGUUAAUUCCUUAUCAAAGUUUGGUUCAAAUGAAUUUGGAGGAGAUAAUGGAGAUGCAAAUGCGGCAACCACAGAGGCACCCUUGGUUGAGUGUAGACCUAGAGCCUCCAUGAAGUAUUCCAGUCCAGUUCGGUUUGGUGUUUUAACCAAUGGAUCAAUCAUGAGGGAAACUUGUGCAAGUUCGUCAUCCACAUCAUCAUCUAAACCAUCAGAUGAUCCAGCAAAUGAAGAUUUCAAGUAUCGUGAUUUGUCAGAAACUACCAGUAACUCAACUACAGAUGGUGGAGCUUCUGCAUCAUCUGCAGAAGUACCACCACCUGCCCCUAUCAUUGAUAACACAACUUCAGUCACCCUAAAACCUAAUGGUUCAGCAUUACCACCUCCUCCACCUCCUUCACAGUUCCAUCAGCAACCCUUGGGAAUCCCAGGACCUACAGUCAUAUCUAUUCAUCCAGGCCACAAUACCACUGCCAAUGGAUACAGCAGUGAUGAAGAGGGAGGGUUUAGACCAAGAACUGUUCCAGGCCCUGGACCACGGAGGUAUCUUCCAACACAUUUUUCUUCGUUUAGAUAUUUACCACCACCACCAGAAUACAGAUCAACAGCAGGAGUCGCCACUGCUACUGGGUCUAUAGACUAUCCACAUCAUACUAUUUCACGUGCAACUGCAACGCUUCCCCACGGGACAGUACGUAGUGUCAAAAAAAGACGUCAUAUAUCUUUUGUAUAAAGUCAUUCCAGUCUUUGUAUAAGAAAAUGCUCAGUUUAAACUAUAAAACUUAGCUUAAUAAUAUUUAUUGACAAAGCUUUAAUAUUUCACUUGCACAAUGAUAAAACAUUUGAAGGCAGUGCUGUACUUUAUAGAUUGUGAUGACGUUUGAUGCUUUAAUGGUACAGUUUGCCUUAAUAUGUGUGGUGAAAAUAUUUUUAUGCAUCUAUGGAAGUGAUGAAGAGUGGUGCAUGUUGCCAAUAUUUUUUACCAUUAUGUACUUCUUUUACAUCACCUCUGUUAGGAUGUGCACUAUCUUUGAUAGAUAUGUCAAACAUAACUGUAUAUACAGUGGUGUAUAUGCAGGGCAGGUCUUACUUAAUGAAAAGUAUUACUUGUGAUUUGUGAUACAUGUAUAAAGAGUACAGUAAAGUAGUGAUAGAGUUUUGUGAUGUAAAAUGCAGAAGACUGUUGUUAAUCAUUCAAGUUACUGUAGAUACAGAAAUUUUUGUAAAGAAUUGGUUUUUGCAUGAUUUUAUUAGAAACCCUGGUAGCAAAAACAUAUGCCCCCAGUAUUGUUCCCUUCAUUGAAUUCUCUUCAUUGAACAUCAUAAAUGCAAAAAGUGAAUCACAAAGCCUAAGAAAUUCUAAGAUAAAAAAAGUACACUGACUUAAAAACAUUGUGAGUACAUAAGCUUAAUUCAUUCAUUCCUAUUUUGACACUACUCUUUGAGUAUACAGUAACACUGUUGAAAUGCUGAUAAUAAGCAGUCAAGCUUAUAACAGUAGAUUUUAACAAAAAUGCACCUCCAAGGCAAUUUUCAUGCAGUGAAAACCAAUUUUUAUGUCUCUCUAAACAAUUGUACAAUGCUUUCCCAUUAACUAUACAGUUUUGUCUUGUAAAAUUGUAAUAUUUCUGUGAUCACUUUUACCAAAGAGCAACAACUAUACUGCUUACUGUUCUUGCAAUUUUUCUUUCUGCAUACCAUAUAGUAAAUCACAUUUUUCAAAUAAAACCAGUCUCUAGAAAUCAUCUGGAUCUACAGUGCUAUUCUAAUGUUUUGUACAUGUAUACUGUGUGCAACUAAGGAAUUGAAGUUAGAACAUCAGAUCUCCAUUACAGCUAUAAGAAUUUAGUCUGACAUAAGUAAAUUACAUAUAAACUUAACCACUACUGUACAAUAUAGCAAUACUUCCUUUUCUAUUAAUGUAUAUACUGUAAUUGAACAACUCACUUUUCAUGUGUGUAUGUAUGAUUUAAGCUGUUCCUCUAAUGGAAAUUUAUCCUAAUCUUGCCAAAGAUGUUAUAGGCUGACAUUUUUGUGACACUUAGGCUCAGAAACAUUCAUUAUUAAUGUUGAAACUAAGUCACUUAAUGAAUCUUUGUUAGCUCUUGUAAAAAUAUGUAUAUAUGUGUAUAAA